AUGAACCAUAGAAACGAAAUAUACCCCGGGGAGACUACUAGGAUCUCCUCCAAAACUGAUCUAGAUCGUGAAAUGAAGAGAAUCAAGAAAACACUAUUAAAAACUAAGAUGACAGAAGAAAAUUGGGACUUGUUCAACAAGGCCAUAAAAAACAUAGCAACAUGGUGCACAGAAUACAAAAUACACGAAUAUGUUGGAUUUAUAGAUCAUAUCAAGGAGCUAAAAGAGCUAAUCGUCACCUGUCUUACAUCAGAACGCACUAUUUUAUCAAAAACAGCAAUCGAUUUAUUAACCACACUAUCUCAGCACCUGGGGACAAAAUUUGAAACGAUCAAUAACAUGAUGCUUCCUACGAUAAAAAACGUCUUUGGACGCUCAAGCAAAGUUCACGUAAACCGAACCGUAGAAGGAUAUAAACAGAUAAUACAGCAUUCACUAUUACCACGAACUAUACCCGAAUUCUGCAGUAUUCUUUCAGUAGUUCAACGACAAGAUCCAAGACGUUUACACUUAGCUGAUUGCUUAGAGGUGCUCAUCCGCGUCAAUACAGAAGAUAGGAUAAAAAAAUACAAGAGGGAUAUUGAAUCAGCACUCAAAGUGAUGGCAGUGGACGCUAAUCUGGACGUGCGGCGGCUGGCGCGAGCAUGUUUUGAAAGUUAUAAGCAAAAGCUGCCAGAACAAGCUCAUAUGUUUACUCAGACACUGACAAAGGACGUGAAAAAGAAUCUCAUCCAGUCAUCUACUGUAGCACCUCCAACGACAUUGAAUGGUGUACAUCCAAAACCUAAACCACCAUCUGCUGCACCUCCAACGACAUCGAAUGGUGUACAUCCUAAACCUAAACCAACACCUGCAUCCAAACCAAUUUCAAACAAACCCACAUCAUCUUCAAAAGCUAUGCAACCCCCUAGUACACCCAUCUUUAGAUACCGACCUAUAUCAAUAAAUCUGAAAGAACGAGUACUCAAAAUCCAAGCGAGCCAAAAUAAAGAUAUUGUGUCUGGAGUGACGUUUAGGAAUGGUAAACCAUACUACAAAAGACCGUCUCUCGUGAAACAUGAUUUUCAAAUAAAAAAGAGAAUUAAAAAAUGA